AUGGCUAGUGAUAAAAAACCCUGCCAAGAUGAGCGUGCAGGAGCAGAAAUUGUAUAUGGAGCUGAAGAGUGCCUUGGUCAUUCUGUUGAACUCCUAAAAGAGUUGGGAUUUCCCAUGGGCGUCCUUGCUCUUAAAGACCUUGAAGAAUGUGGCCGUGUUCGUGAAACUGGAUUUGUGUGGAUGAAACAGAAGGCUCCGUAUGAGCAUUACUUUGUCGCAACAAAAACUCUAGUUAGCUAUGGCACCGAGGUCACUGCGUACGUGGAGAAAGGCAGGAUGAAGAAAAUGACUGGGAUUAAGAGUAAGCAGCUAUUUAUGUGGGUGCCAAUAGUUGAGAUGAGCAUUGAGGAUCCUGCUCAGAAUAAAAUUCACUUCAAGACUCCUCUAGGAAUUGGAAAGUCUUUUCCUCUCACUGCUUACAUGACUGACGAGGAAAAGCAGAAGUAUCUGGAGAAAGUUAACGAGUAGAACAGUUAUCUAUAUGAUUGCCCAUUUUGCUUCAUUUUUGGCUCAGUAUAUUUUCUGUACGUCUUUUUUUUUUUUUCCUCUAGCAUCAGGGCAUUGAUGCCUUUUGUUUUGUCUGAUCUUCACAUGCUUGCUAAAAGAAUGAUCUUUAUGAACCAAGUAUAAAUUUCUGCUUC